AUGGUUUAUCCUUAUCAAUUAUCUAUCUAUUUUCAAUCUCUUCAUCUAUCUAUCAAUCUAUCUAUCUAUCUGACGGUUUAUCUACCAAUCUAUCUAUCUAUUUUAAUCUCUUCAUAUCGAUCAAUCUAUUCAAUUUUUCAUAUCUAUCUAUCAUCUAUCAUCCAUCUAUCUAUCUAUCUGAUGGUUUAUCUAUCAAUCUAUCUAUCUUUUCAAUUCAUUAUCUAUCUCAUCUAUCUAUCUAUCUAUCAUCUAUCUAUCUAUCUAUCUGACGGUUUAUCCACCAAUCCAUCUAUCUAUUUUUUAAUUCUCUUCAUCAAUCAAUCUAUUCUAAUUUUUCCAUAUCUAUUUAUCUAUCUAUCUAUCUAUCUAUCUAUCUAUCUAUCUAUCUAUCUGAUGGUUUAUCCAUCAAUCCAUCUAUCUAUUUUCAAUCUCUUCAUUAUCCAUCAUUCAUCUAUCCAUCUAUCUGAUCGAUCAAUCUAUUCUAAUUUUUUCACAUCUGUCCAUCUAUCUAUCCAUCCAUCUCAUCUGACGGUUUAUCCAUCAAUCCAUCCAUCUAUUUCAAUCUCUUCAUUAUCUGUCCAUCCAUCUAUCUAUCUAUCUAUCUAUCCAUCUAUCUGA